AUGCCCAACUUCAACAUGUCUUGGCUUCGGAGCCUGGUCCUUACGACAAGUGCUAUUGUGGCCGCUCAAGAAGCAAGCAAAGCUGUUCUAUCCAGAGCGACAAAUGCAAGCUGUACCAUUACUGGGCCCCUCAAGCUCAACUCUGAUCCCGUGUCUCGAUAUCUUCCACAACCAGUCUCGUACUCAGCUAGCAAUGAGUCCUACGUUCUCGGAUGGCAACUGAGCGGCCUCAUCGGCACACUUCCCAAGCUUCCAGCCGUGUGCGAGAACUUCGAUGCCAUCGCGUUCAAGCUCGCGAAGACAGGUCUCUCGGUUGACGCAAUAAAGCUCCCGUUAUGCAAUCGUGCCAAUUGCGACAUUGCCAACGAUCGACUCAACAUACUGAGUAACUUGAUAGGCUACGUUGGCAACCUCUUUCUGUCUGAGCUGAGUGCCGCCGUGAUCAGCUCUCCAGAAAACUGGCUCACGCUUUGCAAUACCAUCAAUCCGGCUCUGACUGGGAUUUUCUUCGGUCCUGCCAAUGUGGUCGUCCCUACUGUGUGUGGUUAUGCAGGAUUUGUGAGUGCACCUUCACCUGACGUGGGAACGAAUGACGUCCCGCCCACAGCAGCAGUCGUCGUGCACGAUGCUGCAACGUCUCUUCUGGCCUGGCAAUUCGUAGCUUUGUUCCAGAAGGAGGAGGACGUCAAUUACUUCUGUAGCAACUUCAUCGGAGGCGAAUAUGACAUCCUUCCCGCAGUGACUGGUCUUGACCUCAACGCAACCCUCUUUGACGCGACAGUUUGUCAAUUCCUCAACAAGUCACUGCCCAGUGUCAAGGAGAUUCGCGAUCAUUAUUUCAUACACGGUGCGGAGAUUUUCGCCGAGAGCUUGUGGAGCAUCAGUAACAGCGCGCAAUUCCGCCAAUUCGUGUGCAAGGGUUAUAAGAAAGGGUGUCUUGACAAUUUCGCCGUGCCGAAUUACUACGUUGGCUCGGCAAAACAAGUAUUUGACAAGAAGAUCAUUGCACACUGCCAGGCUUCUUCGGUCAAUGCUUGA